AACAAGGCGUGGCGGGGCGUUAACACUAUUUCCUUAUUUUAUUUCUCAAUUGAAUAUGCGAAAAAUUGAAUUAUAAGGACGUUUGCUGGGUAUAUAUAAGAUGUUGAAUCAAAUACAGUCAUAGUAGAAUACCUAUUCAAACAUCAAUAUGAACUCAUUCGUGAUCACCAUCUUGGCUUGUGUUGCGGCAGCCUCAGCUGCUCCUAGCCUUCUAGCUCCCGGAUGUUGUGGAGGUGCCUUGCUUAUCCCACCAAGUGCUGCAGCUACCAUUGUCGGUCCAUCAAUUGCUAGCAUCGGUGUUGCAGCUCCUCUAGGUAUUGCAGCUCCACUGGCUGUUGCCGCACCAGUUGCAACUGGCGUAGCUGCAAUUACCGCUGGAGGUGGUUCUAUUGCUGCCACUGGUUUGGGCGCUGCUGUUCGAGGACCACCAACUGCUCCUGUUGUGAUUGCUGGACCCUCUGGCAAAAUCGCCGCUGAUGGACUUUGGGGACCAACAGCUAAUAUUGGUGGAUUGGGUGCUUUGGGUGCCAGAGCAUGGUAGAUUCGCGAAUAUUCCAUAGCCUUUCCGACCUCGACUGAUUUAUAAAUAUUUAAAGCAACUAUUUUUGUACUGGUACUAGUUUGAUGUUUAGUCAAUACCUCAAUAAACCUUUCUUUCAUA